CGUCUCAGACCCCGCUGCAGCUCCGGAUCCGCGCCGAGCCGGCUCAUGGGGGGCAUCCAGAGUUACGUUUCAUAUUUCUUCAAAGGGAAGCCCGCUUUAGGGUCAAGCAUGGUAAUGGAUAAGGUCACUUCGAUGAUCUCCCUCAGUCAAGAUGACUAUGAAGCUCUUAAGAGAAGAGACAGCUGUCUAAAUAAUCUCGUUUCCAAAAAGUUUGCUUGUACGUUGGCCUUCGGAAAAGCAACAGAAAGUACUGGUGAAGUAUACAGGAAAAAAGUAAAGGUUGGAAUUGACGUUUGUGUUUGUAGGGAUGAUCUCACAAGACACCAGGUUGAUGCUUUGGUGAAUGCAGCCAAUGAGUGUCUUGAGCAUAGAGGAGGUCUUGCUUUUGCCCUUGUAAAAAGUGGAGGACCAGAAAUAAUAGAGCAAAGCAACCUUUAUAUUCAAAGGAAUGGAAAAGUCCAAAUUGGCAGUAUAGCAGUGACAGGUGGAGGGAAGCUUCCUUGUAAGGAAAUUAUUCAUGCAGUUGGUCCAAGGUGGAAUCCGCGUGAAAAGGAUGACUGUUGUUACCUACUUCGGCAAGCUAUUUUGAAUGUUUUGCAUUAUGUUAGUAUUCCCGGUAAAGCUUUCAAGUCUGUGGCUAUCCCAGCAGUGAGUUCAGGUGUCUAUGCCUUCCCAGUUGAUUUGUGUUCUCAAGUGAUUGUAAUGGCUGUAAAGGAAUUUGUUGAGGCAAGUCCACCAAGUUGUCUCAGGGAAAUCCGCCUGGUGAACAUUGAAGAGUCCACAGUUGUAGAAAUAAAGAAGGCCUGUGAAAAGUUUCUGGGUGAUACCAGUUCACUUCAGGACACUGUGUUGGCUUCACCAAGCCAGAUUUCACCUUACCUCAUACAUGGAGACAUUCGCUUGCGCAUGGUGAAACAGCACCCUGAGGAGCUGAAGAAUACAACUAUUGUUAACCCUGUGAAUGCAAGAGGUGAGCCUUCCUCUCAGUUUUCAAGACGAGUGCUGCAAAAAGGGGGUUCAGCUUUAAAGGAGGAACUUAARCAUCAUCUGAGAUAUCUGACACGUUUUAAGGACCCCAUAGUAACCAAAAAGCAUGAGCUGCCCUGUAUGUCUGUACUGCAUGUGGUAUUGCAGUACCGGCAUCCAGCAUUACAAUAUGAGGAAUUAAGGGUCGCAGUGAAAAGAUGCCUGGGUUACUUUCAGGACCGCCCAUCUGCCUCAGUUUCUUUUCCAGUAAAUUGGUCACCAGUGCUGCCUGUUGACAUUGUGGCAGAGACCAUGAUUGAAGCAGUUUUAAAUUUUGGCAGGGRACACCCUACGAAGAAGAGAGAAGUGCAGCUUGUUGUUUGCCCAGAUGACCUUGAUGACUAUGAGAUUCUCCGGAGAAAAUUUYAUUUGGCAAAACACAAACUGGAAAAUGAAAGUAAUCCUUUGAGUACAAAGUCAGGCAGUCACACUGCAAAAGAGACUGCCAGYAGUGAACCUGUGAUUGAACUUAGGGGGAGCACACCUACAGCACUGGAAGCAGCAGAAUCGUGGCUCCGAAGUGUAAUGCAACUUCAGGAGGAUCAUCAUGCUAAUAUUGAAAACAACUACAUUUUUUGCCUUGGUAAAAAGGAGUUUGCAGAACUCUUUCAAAAGCAGCCUUCCAGCGUAUGUGUGUCAGAAGAAGUGAGAGAUGGACAAGCGAGACURAAAUUUCAGGGCCCUCCUGAUGCUUUGAUUGACACAGUGCUCRCAGCUGAAGAAUUACUGCUUCGUAUGCAAGAGAAGACUAUAGCUGAACAAGAGAAACUGCUCUACUCGAUGUGCCAAUCAGAAGCAGUCCAGCUUUCAGAAGGAGACUUUCACAAGACAAGUACCACUGCCUACAUCCAGAUUUCUCCAGUAGAAAACCACCUGCAGGAGUUUAAAGACAGACAGAAAGAGUUUGAAAAAGCUGGACUUCGUGUUCUCAGGAUUGAAAAGAUACAUAAUCCAUUUCUAUCUCUUGCAUUCCAACAAAUGAAAAAAAAAGUAGAUGGUAGCUCCAAAACAACCCACAGGUUGUACCAGAUUGUUCCUGCCCAGUUCUGUAGCUCAGUUUGCCAAACUGGAUUUCACAGGAUGUAUUCUCCACCAACAGAACAAAAAUAUGGAGCUGGCAUCUACUUUACAARGAACCCAGGAUACCUAAGCAAGGGUAAAACUGCAUGUGGAAAGGAUUCUAAAAUGUACGUGUUUGAGGCUGAGGUAGUAACAGGSUCCUUCACUACAGGCCAGCCAUGGUACAUUAUGCCACCAGCAGUGGAGAGGGGUGGCCUUACAUUAUAUGACAGUUUAGUAGAUCAUGAACUUCCUGACAUCUUUGUCAUUUUCAAYGGUUUUGGGGCCCUUCCACAGUAUUUGCUGACAUGUUCCCCAGUGACUGAAAGGUAUGUAGCUCCUGGAGGAAACCAGCAGCAUCCUCAGUGGGAAUUAAGCAGAUCUGUAGCUAUGAUGAAGACCCUCUGAGAACAAAGUUUAGUGCUUAGAUUUAAGAGGAUGCUCUGCUCAGUAACGUGCUAUGUUCAAAGUGUUUCCUGAAAAGUACUCUGAAAUGCUCAUGAACAAAAGAGUAAAUUAAUACAUUARGGAGAUUAGGACAAAAUUGCCUGUGAAUGGAAGCAGAAGGGAAAGCAUCCCAAAAUACAGUAUAACAUUUAACAUUAACGUUUAAUCUACCUGGUCAUUCACUUUAUUCYUUAAAGUGAUCUCAGCUUGUGACUGUACAUUUGAUGUUUGCAUAGACUGUUAUUCUUCCAGUGCAUUUUCUUAAUCUGAGAUAUGCAUAUGUCAGGGAAACACGAAAAAACUUGGCUGUGCCUUUUGACUCUUGAAUUUUCUUUUGACUUAAAAAUAGGAGAAUGUAGCAGAUAAAAGUUCUUUUCCACUUAGGGACAUGCUCUUAUAUAUACAUAGUUGAGACAAAGKUGAGGUAAUGCUUCAUGAUUUCUUACGGUUGUUGCUGUUACGAUUUUUAUUAGUUACUUCAAGCAUUGUAGAUACUUGUAUUCAAAAUAAAAAGUAUGAAURUCACUAUCUGUUAACUUGUAUUUUUCUAUUCAGUCAAAGGAAUGUGAUUUGUACUGUAUAUGAGCUUCAGAUUUCUCAGCAAMUUUCAAUCUCUUUGAAAGGUUACGAAAUAGUAAAGAACUGGUUCAAGCUACAGCUUGAAAUUAAUUUUCAAUUAAUCUACCUUUACCAACAUCUUUUAAAGAUUACAUUGUCAGCCUUAUAGCCAGAUAUCCCCACRUUGCUUCUGCAGUGACCUGAAGCAGAUACACGGAAAAGCCUAAGAGGUAUUACAGUAAUUCCAGUGUAAAAGGGGAUUCAGUCCAAAACUUGGAUACAUGGAAACUUUCUGUACUGCAGCCUGAUAAUGGGCAGCAGUCUGAUCUCUAAAACACAGAUGAAAUUAGCAUUUAAUAAAACUUUUWAARAUAAUUUAUUAAUGAUUUCCCAGYCUGCUUGUACUGCACCUGCAACUCCUUAGUGAGUAGUCAUAGUGCUAGGAACCAUUCACAAGUCCAAAAGAAAUUAAGUUAUAAAAGUUURAUUUUGAACUCUGAGGUUACA